UCCAGUGGCGCUGGGCGCCCCUCACACCGCUCUGGAUCCGGGUCCGUCAGGCCCCCGGGUCCGGAGAAGAGUGGAGCGGACUGGACCUGGUCGAGCAACUGCCUCUGCUGCUGGGGGCAUUAAUAGAUAACAACUAUAACGGUGAAGCAACUUCCACAAUGAAAUCUGAAGCCAAGGAUGGAGAAGAAGAGAGUCUGCAGACUGCUUUCAAGAAGCUAAGGGUGGAUGCAGCAGGAUCCAUAGCUUCUCUUUCUGUUGGAGAGGGGACAAGUGUCAGAGCAUCAGUUAGGACAGCUACAGAUGAGACCAAACCUAAAGCUAUAUGUGCAUCAAAAGACAGUUGGCACAGUUCUACAAGAAAGGCUUCACGAGGAGUAGUGAGAACCCAGCGUCGUCGGCGUUCCAAGUCUCCAGUUCUUCAUGCUCCAAAGUUUAUACACUGCAGUACAAAGCCUGUAUCUUCCACCAGUCAGCUCAGACACAAAAGCCAAACUGACUGUCCUGACAGCAAUAGCCGCCAUGGAAUUCUACCUUCUAAUGAGUUCAGCACAAAGGAAUGCUCUAUUUCUUCUCUUAGUGAGGCCAAUCACACAAGAGCAGUGAAGGAGCCCUUGGGGGCUAUAGUUUCUGAUGGUGCAUCAGAAGGCAAAACAGAAGAAGAUUCCUCUAAUGCUGCUCUGGCCUCCCAAGCAAGUCUCAAGGCCAGUGAUCUCUCUGACUUUCAAUCGGUAUCCAAGCUGAAUCUGGGCAGGCCGUGUGCAUGUGUAGGCAAGGAGUGCCAAUGUAAGAGGUGGCAAGACAUGGAAGUGUACUCCUUCUCAGGCUUCCAGAAUGUCCCUCCCUUGGCACCAGAACGAAGAUCCACCCUUGAGGACUACUCGCAGUCUUUCCAUACCAGAACUCCAUCUGGCUCGCCCCGCUCUUGUUCUGAGCAAGCUAGGGCCUAUGUGGAUGAUGUGACUAUUGAAGAUCUUUCAGGCUACAUGGAAUAUUACUUGUAUAUUCCCAAGAAAAUGUCCCAUAUGGCAGAAAUGAUGUACACCUGAUAGCAAUAAGCAACAUCAUGUGCUUUAAAACCAAUGAAGGGUUGGAAAAGUGACUUAGUUACUGGCAGACCGCUCAGCCACUCUGUGAGAAGAUACCUUCCUCUGCUCACUGUGCUUGCAAUAAAAACAUUUCUUUGCAUCUCAAUUAAUUUUCAUUCUUUAAACUAAUUUCCCUUCCUCUCUCCACUUCCCUUGGCCCCUAAAGAAAGCCCAGACAAACCAAAAAAAUCCUCCUAAGAUGGAUCAUAGGAUUUAGAGCUGAAAGGGCCUUAGAGUGCCAAAUAAUCUAACCUGCCAGUUUCCUGACCCCAGUUUUACAGAAGAGGAAACUGAGGUCCAUUUUAAGUGCCUACUCUGCAAAGAACCAUGCUCUGGGUACAAGACAAAAAUGGAAGUAAGUCUGCUGUCAUGGAGCUUUCUUUUGCUAAGGGAUAAAAACCUGUAAGCAACUAAGUAAAGCAUGUACUAUAACUUGAGGAGAGAGAGAGAGCACUAAUAAUAGAGGACCAAAAAAAACUCCUUUAAGGUGGCACCUGGACUUUACAGGAAUCUGUGGAUUCUCUAAGGCUUGUUCAAGGUGACACUGAUAGUAACAGAGCUGGGGUUUUGACUCCAAAUUAGUGAAGAGAUUAAACUUAAAAUUGUUGGUGGGUAAAAAUUUAAUAGUAAAUGCUUUCUUUAAUAGUAAAAGCCCUCUUUUUCAGGUCUAUUAAGCAACAGAUAACUUGGGAAAAUCUGAACAGACUUUUAUAAAUUAUUUGGAUGAUUUUAUGCAAUAGUUAAUGACCCAAAGAAUUUUCCAAAGAAGAAAGAGCCUUAAAAUGAAUUUACUGUUUCUAAUUUUAAUUCAGUACAAGUUUUUAUGAUUCUAAAGUUAAUUAUUUAGUGUUAGGUCAUAGAUCAUGUAGUUCACUAAAUAUAACAAAAUCAUUUAGUCUUAAUAUCCACUAAAACUUUCCACAAGCUAUACUGUAUUUGGUGGUGAAAGGAAACUGCAAGAUUCAGAAAUUAAUACUUUUGUUAGGAGUAAUGGUAUGUGAGAGAUCCCAAGUUUAUUUGGAUGAACCCAUUUGCUGUUUGUUUCACUUGACUGCUAAGUGACUGAUUUAGUGUGAAUGCUGUGAUAUCAGGCAUCUCAGUGCAUUGUUCCACCACUGCAGUGGAAUCAUGGGAGCAAGAUGGCCUGCUUGCUUUAUUGGUGUAUUUAAAGCUGAAAUGGAGAUGACUUUUUAGAAGUAACCAAGGGCUGUUAGAUUCUGUUCCUUCAACUUCUAGGUGGCAUUGGUUUGGCAACCUCUUUCUUGGCUUCAGUGUUGCUGCUAGAGAAGGGCAAAGCAGACAAAGCUAGGAGUAGUCUCUGUCUUUAAAUGGGCUAUUACAUUUUUCAGUUGCCUUUUUUUAACCCUUACCUUCUAUCUUGGAAUCACUACUAAGUUUUGUCCAGAGAAGGUCAAUUUGACCUUUUUAAAAGUCCCUUCCAUCCCUAAAUCCUAUGAUCCUGCUUUUCUAUAACGGUUCCUUUAAAAAAUCAGUUGGAGAUGGGAGAGGGGGAGUGGAUUGUUUCUUUACUAAAAUUGUAGAAUCAGCAAUACUUCUAGCAGGCAAAUCUUAAAUUGGAAUUCAGAUUUCCCUACUUUUAAGACAUCUAGAAUUUCUAUGUACAGCCCCUUCUGGGUCUGUUCUUUGCCAAAUAUUACAUGUAAUCUUCCUUCUCCCACUGCAUAUCCUACAUGAAAUAGCCAGGCUCUAGAAAUCAAAAGGGAACAGGCUGAAGGGGCGGUAUGCAACUUUUGUCCAAAUUCAGGGUUAUUAAGCUGUGAAUGUUUUAGAGUAUUUGACAGUAAAGAAGAAGAAAGCAGAUAAGGGGUAUUGGGCUAUUGCUUUGAAAAUGAAAUGAAAAUUGAACAUUUGUUGCAGUUUAAAUUUUAUCAUUUACUUUUUUGCAAGUAACAAACUACUAAAACUCUAGAUUAAUUCUAAAACGGUUCAGCCCAAUCAACUUAAAUAUUUCCUGGGGGAAGGAAAAAUAAAGCCUGUUCUACUUUGUAAUUCAUCUGGCCAUAUGAGGUCGCCCUUUCUUCUUAAGAAAUCCAGCAAUAACAUUACUGUAGUGAUGCCCCAGAAGACCAUUAAUCCCAAAGUGGUUGAUUGCUCAUCCACUUGGCUGUGUUUUCAUAUGUUUUAAAUGAAAGCAGGUGACAUCAACAUAGGCUACCGACUAUACCAAAUUUGAAAAAUCGUUUACUUAGAAAUUGGAGUGACCUUUUACCAGUUAGAAUGAUUUGUUAAAGGGGAGGAAAUACAAAUUUGUACUAAUAUACUUCAGGGGCAAUGGACAGGGGAAGGGAAUAUUAACAUCAAAGUAUCUAGCAUUUAAGGGAAUUCCUUCUCAUUCUUGCUCACUAUUUUGUUUGGCAUGAUGGCUUCUUUAAAGUGUGAAAACUGCCUCCUGAAUAAACGAUUUGAAAGGG